CCGGCCCCGCGCCCGACAUGACCACCCUGGCCGGGGCUGUGCCGAGGAUGAUGCGGCCGGGGCCCGGGCAGAGCUACCCCCGCAGCGGCUUCCCGCUCGAAGUCUCUACUCCUCUCGGCCAGGGCAGAGUCAAUCAGCUCGGUGGAGUUUUUAUCAAUGGCAGGCCUUUACCCAACCAUAUCCGACACAAGAUAGUGGAGAUGGCCCACCAUGGCAUAAGGCCCUGUGUCAUCUCUCGCCAGCUGCGAGUGUCCCACGGCUGCGUCUCCAAAAUUCUCUGCAGGUACCAGGAGACGGGCUCCAUCCGGCCGGGGGCCAUCGGCGGCAGCAAGCCCAAGCAGGUGACGACACCGGACGUGGAGAAGAAAAUCGAGGAAUACAAGAGGGAAAACGCGGGCAUGUUCAGCUGGGAGAUCCGGGACAAGCUGCUCAAGGACGGCGUGUGCGACCGCAACACGGUGCCGUCAGUGAGCUCCAUCAGCCGCAUCCUGCGGAGCAAGUUUGGGAAAGGCGAGGAGGAGGAGGCCGAGCUGGAGAGGAAGGAGGUGGAGGAAGGCGACAAGAAGGCCAAGCACAGCAUCGACGGCAUCCUCAGCGAGAGAGCCUCAGCUCCGCAGUCGGAGGAAGGCUCGGACAUCGACUCGGAGCCAGACCUGCCGCUGAAGCGCAAGCAGCGCCGCAGCCGGACCACGUUCACGGCGGAGCAGCUGGAGGAGCUGGAGCGGGCCUUCGAGCGGACGCACUACCCGGACAUCUACACGCGGGAGGAGCUGGCGCAGAGGGCCAAGCUCACGGAGGCGCGCGUGCAGGUCUGGUUUAGUAACCGUCGAGCUCGAUGGAGGAAGCAGGCGGGAGCCAACCAACUGAUGGCCUUCAACCACCUCAUCCCGGGAGGGUUUCCACCCAGCGCCAUGCCGACGCUGCCCACCUACCCGCUCUCGGAGCCGUCCUACCAGCCCACCUCCAUACCACAAGCCGUGUCUGACCCGAGCGGUACCGUCCACAGACCUCAGCCGCUUCCUCCGAGCAGCGUGCACCAAAGCAGCCUCCCCUCGAACCCGGACAGCGGCUCUGCCUACUGCCUGCCCAGCAGCCGGCACGGCUUUUCCAGCUAUACAGACAGCUUUGUGCCUCCGUCCGGGCCCGCGAAUCCCAUGAACCCUGCCAUUGGCAAUGGCCUUUCACCUCAGGUAAUGGGCCUCCUGACCAACCACGGCGGGGUGCCUCACCAGCCCCAAACUGAUUAUGCCCUGUCCCCCCUCACCGGGGGUCUGGAGCCCACCACCACGGUGUCGGCCAGCUGCAGCCAGCGGCUCGAGCACAUGAAGAGCCUGGACAGCCUGCCCACGUCCCAGUCCUACUGCCCACCCACCUACAGCACCACGGGCUACAGCAUGGACCCCGUCACCGGCUACCAGUAUGGACAGUAUGGACAAAGUGCCUUUCAUUAUCUGAAGCCAGAUAUUGCAUAAAUGAACUGUCCACUCCAAGUUAAAGCUGGUCUUGUUUUCCGGUCUCACUCCAGUGCUUGGAUACGAGGGAUCUUCUCACCACACUGCAGCCUAAACUGGGGCAAUCC